AUGGCCGCCCCACCAGUACCCCCUAGACCGAUGUCUGCGCGACCAGACUAUUUCCAGGACGAAUAUUCGAGUGCACAAGGCCCUCAAUACCCGCAACGACAAGACUCAAAUGCACCUCCGAUACCACCUUUGCCAACCAAUUAUAGAUCUGAUACCCUUAGUCCUCACUGGGGCGAUCCCAUGCCAGCCCCGCGCCCACAAAAGAUAAUGUCCAACGUCCGAAUGGCACAGAAUCUUGAGCAAGGAAUGCACACUCCGUCUUCAUUCUCGAUGCCCGUUCCAUCGUUUGCCGGAGGCUUUUCAGCACCUCCGCCCCCGCCUCAAGGCGUGAGUUAUGGGUUCAGAGCACUACCAAAUGUUCCACAGCACCCUGGACCACCUGCAUACCCUGGACCAGGCGGGUUCGCCCAGCAUCCUCACGCUCCUCCUGUUCCUCACCACCAAUCGAGCUUGAGCAUCACACAAUCAUUCGAUGCAAUGUCCAUUGGACCGCAGCCCGGGUUUUCUCCCCGUCAAUCGUCCCUGAUGGGUCCCCCUACACCCCGGCCGCUUUCUUUUGCGGCAAAUAUCCCGCCUCCUGCGACACCAUUGCCUCAACCACCAGCUCCGGCAACAUCUCCCGUUCCGACUUUUGCGGAGCCGGCUGCUGGCCCGGGUCAACCCCCGGCGAUCGUCACGCCCAUGCCCACCGUCUCGACUCUCCUUGCCGCCGAAUCCAAACUCACAAAACCGUCUCACAUCGUCGCGUGGGCAAAGGCCGUCUUGGGGCUCGUGGACCGCCAGCAACCGGACGCAGACCCGAGCAACCCGGAGCCGAUUUCAGACCCGGUUGUCGCCCGACUGGCCAAUGUGGCCAUCCAGCAUGUUCUCAGCUUUGCCUCGGUCUGGCAGGUUGGGAGCAGAGACCCCGUGCCGCCCCAUGUAGCCGAGGCACUCUACCUGCGUGGUACGUUGGAAGCCAGCGGUGCGUUCCCUGAAAAGAUCCCUCGCGACCAGAGGUCAGCGUUCCGGGAUUUCAACGAGGCAGCGCGACAAGGUUACAAGGCCGGAUGGUUCAAGAUUGGGAGGGAUUACGAGAGCGUGAAGGAUAUGGCUCGCGCCAGAGAAGUCUUUGAGCGCGGAGCAGGUCUCAAAGAGACCAGUUGUCUAUACCGUCUUGGCAUGGCCCAUCUCCUCGGCCAGCUAGGCUUUACCGCCAAUCCCGCUGUCGCCGUGCCUCUCCUCCAAGAGGCCGCUGACCUUGCCAACGUAGACGUUCCCCAGCCUGCUUAUGUAUUUGGUAUGCUACUCUUGGGCGAAUUCGCCCAAGUCGAACUCCCGCCCGCGCUCUUGGCCAAAACCCUUCCUGCUCCCACUCCACAAAACCCACACCUCAUGGGCUGGGGGUACGAGCACGCCAAGAUGGGCUGCGCAUACGACCCGUUACUUUCGGUCCAAUACUAUUCAUCCGCCAGCCAGCGUGGAGAAGCUGAAGCGGAUAUGUCCUUGUCUAAAUGGUUCCUGUGCGGCUCUGAGGGUUUCUUUGAAAAGGACGAGAAUCUGGCUGUGGUUUUCGCCGAAAAGGCGGCCAACAGGAAGUUGGCUACUGGAAUGUUCGCGAUGGGUUAUUAUUAUGAAGUCGGAGUUGGCGUCAAAGCUGAUAGGAACGAAGCUAUCAAGUGGUAUCAAAAGGCAGCGGCAACUGGUAACACCGAAGCUACGGGCCGUCUUACCGCUCUCUCUGCUCCCAACGCAGCACCGCUUUCGCGCGCCGAGCACGAGACCCUUACAGACUCACGACUCGUCAGGAGGCACACCAAAGCCAAGGAUACGGCUGCAGCAGCCGGUCGAGUUGCACAGGCCAAAGGAGAGGAAGAUCGCAAGGCCAUGGAAGGCGCUGCGCACGCGGCUGCGGACUCCGACGUCGGGCAGCCAGCCAGGCGGCCUGGUCAGUUACCUCUUCCUGGCAGCGACGGUGGUGUAAAAACUCCCCCGCGCGUGACGUCGCCAGCCCAGGCGCAGAUGGCGUCCCCCAAGCGCCGGCCCCAGCCCCAGGGGCAAGUAGCGGGAGGUUCCAGCAGCGAUACACUCUUACGGACGAAGGUUUCCAAACGCCUUCGUCUCCGCAGCAUCAACACCGGCCCCUGCAUCUGCGGCCCUGCAUCUGCCCCAGCGGCACCUGCACCUGCACCGGCUCUAGCACCACCUUCUCCAACCACUCCUGCGGCUACAAAGCUAUCAGGAAAGAAAGGCCCACAGUCGUUUGCAGAGAUGGGAUUCCACAGCCAGCCUGUAGAGGACAAGGAUUGCGUUAUCAUGUGA